AGUGAAAGCAGGGGAGACCAACACUUGCACAACACCAUUGGUAUUGCCGCAGAGUAACCAUCACGAGCAUGGCUACUACAUCUCCCUCUGAGCGACUGGUCAUCGCAGGGCCAUCCUCACUCCUCCAUCCAUCCCCAUCCACCUCUUCACCAAAGCAGUUCCUCCUCCUCCCGCACCCGCGCACAGCACUCCCAGCCUACUUUCUUCCUUCCGCCGCCUCCUCCUCCUCUACCCCUUCUUCUGCUGAGCCGACUGCCGAAGAGUACGAUGAGAUCUACGAGCUACAAAGUAGCAAGAGUGACCGGAAAGCCAGGAGCUGGUUCUUGGGCGGCUCAAAGGGCGAGGGGGAUGAAGAAGGGGAGAGUGCAGAGACGCGUGGCCUGGCUGGCGAGAAAGGAUGGGUGAUACAAGACUUCUCACUACACCUCCUCUCCCGGAUAGAUUCCGCCUUUCUCCUCCUCCCCAUGCUAGACGUGCUCCUCCCUCCGCCCACUCCCAAAUCAACCACGGAGCCAGCUCCUACCUCAGCUCCCGCUACCCUCCUAGUCGAUAGCGGCUCCUACCUCCCCGCAGAAGACCUCUUCGAGUCAGUCGCAGGGACGAUGCACCGUCGUCUUCUCCAGGCACGCAGCAAGCUAGCCGGCAAAGGUGCAGCCGCUGCGCCUACCGGGGUGGACGAGGAGGGCAGCUGGGCGGACAUUCCCUCCUUCGGCCAACUCUCCCUAGCUCGCAAAGCCCUCGAGAAGCUUUGCUCUAUCCAAAAGGCAGGAGAAGUAGGGACAGACGGCAAAGGAGAGCAAUACUUCCGUCCCUCUCCCCAACGCAUCGUCUCUUUCCUCCAACGUAAAGUCCUAGCCCUCUCAACUCCAGAAGUGUUCCAUUCUCAUCCUGCUACGCUUGGAAGGAUGUUGGAUCGCGCAGUGGAUGAUCCAUUGGUGGCGAUUGCUAGGGCCAAUGGGACGCUUAAUGCUCAAGGGGUUUCAGGAGGAGGAGCAGGAGCAGCAGAGGGGAACGAAAAAGGGGAUCUCAAAACGCGUAAGGUGAGGACAGAACUUGCGCUGGACCUCGUGAGGGGGUAUGUCCCCACUGGUGGAAGAGUGGAGGAGCUCUUCGAAGUUGUUGUCAAGGGUGGGUUGAUGAAGGAGUUGGAUGGGGAAGAUCAUGGUGGGCGGGAUGAUCGAGAGGCAUAUCAGGUCAGAGAGGACGAAGAGGAUGCAGAUGCAGAUGCGGAAGAUGCAUUGAGGGAGCAGGAGGCUGGUCUUUAAACAAUUUCCUGUGUACAAGAGGGAAUCAAUGUCACCACAUCCUUCCAAUCUGAUACGGAGCCAGAUGUCCUCACCAACCUAUCCAGCCCCUGCCUGGGCCUGGGGCUUCACCGACCAUAUGUCCCCUUCUUCUCUCCAUUCCCCA